AAAACUGCAGAACUACAUUUCCCAGAAGUCUAUGCGAUGACAGAAGAGUGAGAUAGCUCAUUAAGCGCUGCAGCUUCAGAUGGAGCACACGAGGUUAACAAUGACACCAGACCCAGCCGCUGGAUAGGUUGCUGUCAGAAAAUGUCACAGUGUGGAAAUGAGCAAAGGUCAACAUUUUCUCCAACAUGCGAAUUGCAGCAUGUUGCAUUUUAACCACCUUGUCAUCACCCUGUUAAAUGGUUCAUUUACACCAUUGUAGUAUUCUCUGGCAUGGGGAGGCAGCUUGAUUGAAACCCAAAACAGUUGGGUCUUCACAUUUGUUUCACCAUUUCAAGUAGGAACUGUGCCGCUUUUCCCGUCAAAACAAAUCCCCACAUGGUGAUUUGACACAGCAGAAAAAGUUACACUCUGCGUCACAGAGUGGUCCGGCGGACACAAUGGUAGCAGAUGACACAGCAGGAAGUGGGGACAGAUCAGAGGGGGAGAAAGAAAUGGACCUGAAGCCGCCUGCACCUGAAGACAGCGAAGGACAUAAAGAUGGAGACGUAGAGAUGGUUGUCUCUGCUUCGGAGUGCCCGACUCCCUCCGAAGGUCCCCCAGAGGAAGUCGCAGAGCCCCGAAAGUGGAAGUGGUCCGUAAUAUUCUUGUGUCUCUUUGGGUUUAUGGUGUCGAUAAAGCCCGGGGAGCCCUUCAUUACACCAUAUCUACUCAGCACUGAGAAGAACUUCACCAGGGAACAGGUGACCAAUGAGAUCACUCCUGUGCUCACGUACUCCUACAUGGUCGUGCUGGUGCCGACCUUCCUGCUCACAGAUUUCCUGCGCUACAAGCCGGUCCUGAUCAUCCAGGGCAUCAGCCAGGUGGUCAUCUGGCUCAUUCUGCUCCUGGGCACCAGUCUCGUCGAGAUGCAGAUGAUGGAGUUAUUCUACGGCAUCACCAUGGCCUGCCGCGUGGCCUACUCCUCCUACAUCUUCUCCCUGGUCAGCCCAGCUCUCUACCAGCGCGUGGCCGGAUACUCGCGCUCCGCAGUCCUCUUGGGGGUGUUCACCAGCUCAGUGCUGGGCCAGCUGUUCAUAUCCGUGGGCAACGUCAGCUUCUACACCCUCAACACUAUAUCUUUGGGCUUUGUCAGCUUUGGUCUGACUCUCUCGCUGUGCCUGCCCUGGCCUAAACGCUCCCUGUUUUUUAACCGGACACAGAAUCAGGAGCAAAAGGAAGUGGCGGCAGUAGCCACCAAAUCGGAACUGGACAUAAUGAACCCAAAAGAGAGCUCCGCAUCACGCUGGAAGGAUUCUGUCUUUGUGCAGAUGCUGCUGGAGGUGAGAAAUGUGGUGAGGAGGCCCAACCUGAGGCUCUGGUCCCUGUGGUGGGUGUUCAACUCCACAGGGUACUACCUGGUGCUGUUCUACGUUCACAUCCUGUGGAACAAAGUCUACCCGGCCACUGAGAACAAGAAUAUUUACAACGGGGGAGUGGAGGCAGCUUCUACCCUGCUGAGUGCAAUAGCUUCCUGCAUCGCUGGCUUUACGAAAAUCCGGUGGAACGUCUGGUCCGAGCUGGUCAUCGGCGUCAUCACAGCACUGCAGGCAGGUCUGCUGCUCCUCAUGCUCAACACAGACAACAUUUGGGUCUGCUACACUGCCUACGUGCUCUUCAGAGGCUUCUACCAGUUCCUGGUGCCGAUUGCCACUUUCCAGAUAGCCUCGUCACUCACCAAGGAGCUGUGUGCCUUAGUGUUUGGCAUCAACACGUUUUUAGGGACCAUGCUGAAGAGCAUCAUCAAUCUGAUAUUUUCUGACAAGAGAGGCCUGGCGUUGGACGUGCACGCUCAGUUCCUGGUGUACUUCGUUUACUUCACCAUUCUCACUGUCGUCUACCUCGUCUGUGCUGCUGUGGUCAUCUUCCGUCACUAUAGAAACCAGGCCAGCGAACAAGCGGCGCCCACAGAGCUCAGCCCCGUGGCUGCAGGUACGGAGGCAGAACCUUUGUCUAACGGCAAAAGUGCCCGAGCCUAAUGACCAGACACUAGUCUCGCUCUGUUUUCUAUUAAUAUCGUAUGUAGAUUUUAUCUAAUGAGCUCUUCAGACUCAGCGGGAUCAAUCAUUUAACCCUCUGAUGUUCAUGGAGGGUUUCAGUGUUCGCUCCUGAGCCUUAAUCAUAGAAGUGCCUCCUCUGCCUGAAGCUCCUGCACUACACCGGUCAUACAGACGGGGACAGUUUUACAUUUUUGAUGUAACUGAAAAGAGUAAAUUGUACUUUUUUUUUAAAUUUCAUACAAGCUUUCACAUUGAGCCAAAUCAUAUCGGACAGAGAGGGAUCAUUAACAGAACGGCCAGAAUUAAGCUUUGUGUUUGUAGUGUUUGUACCGGAUGCUGAGCUGUCAUUUUUUCAGCGACUGGGGAUUCAAAGCAAAGGUUGAUGAUUACUAUGUGAUCACUAAGUGUUACUUUAAAAUCUUUUCUUUCCUUCACACUCCUAUUGUACCUAAUGUUACAGGACGAUGAUUCAGUGUUUGUGCCAAUUUGAAAAGCAAUUAUCCAGAUGAGUAUUAA